UUGUUAAAUCCUGAAUGCUUGAAAACUACCUUCUAUUAUUCAUUUAAACAUCUCAGAAAAGGAAAAGAAAGGAACUGUAUCUCCAGUAUAACCACAGUUACUUUUACUGAAAUGAGCCCAAAGCCAAAGAUGUCCAUUCUCGUUGCUCUUUUGGCUUUCUUUACAACCACCAUCAAGGUAGGAAUUUUUUUUCUACCGACGACAAUGAAGUCUUCAAUUUUUUCAAGAUAAAAUCAUCAGAUUAUCCGAGCCGAUCGCUUAAAUUAAGUUAAAAGGAUACUUAAUUCAUACGUUGUUAAGAUAGAUAACUCACUCAUUCUCCUUCAAAAUGCUGUGCACUUGAGGAACGAAUCGCAUCGUUAUUUUGGUGGGCAAUCAAAUGUUAUUUACAGCAGCAGUCGGCUUGCUUUCAAUUGUUUCAUGGAAAAUAGAACAUCGAGGAGAUUUACUAAAUGUGUAAAUGGACUAUUCCGUUAGAACAACAUAUCGCGGGAGUCACAAAAGGUACGCUGAAAAUACCAACUAAGGCAAAAGUGGGUAUUUCUGAUUAUUCAGGUAAAUCUUAGAUUACAAAGGAAAUCUUUUCGGUAUCUGGCUCGACUCGAAAAAAGUUAAUCUGAUACUUCCAUGUUUGCAUUCUGUUAAAGAUGGUUGUUGACGAUUCCAAAGUAGUUCGAAGAUUUCUUAUAUGCAGUCAACGUGAAAAUAAAGAUCAGGAGAAAGAAGUAACUUAGCAUGGAACAAAAUAUGUAUAUCAUGCAUGUCAAUUUUAUUGUUGGACCGUGGAGCCCCCUCUCUUCGACAAUGAUAUCGCAAUCCUUUGCUGGUUUGCUUAUUUCUGUUUUCUUUUUUCUAUUAUUCAGGCAGAAACAACACUCUCUCACGUAAAGGCCACUUACAAUCGCUUCAACAAUAGAAUCUCUAAUGUCGACGUAAGUAAAUCCAUACCUGUUUCGUAAUUUUGCUGUCGUAUGUUCUUUUGUCAAUGAUUGACUUUGUAUAUUUGAAUAUCAAUAUGUAAAUGAAUAUAUGGAUAUUUUAUCACUCUUAUCUUCGCAUCUUACUAUUAUCUUCGCAAUUUGCCAUUAUCAGUGGUUAAUUUCUGUUUUAUGUGAAGAUUUUUGUGUGGUUUUAUUGAAACAUUUUAUAAUUACUUAAAAUGGAGCAAGGUGGUGCGGAAAAUCAAACCAAAAAAAUUAGGAGGCAGCAAAAAAUGGAAAUAAAAUAAAUAAAAUACAAAAGUCAGUGUUCAGUCAUGUCCACUAACAACGGAACAUCAAGGGGGAACGGAGCAUCUCUGAUGAGUUCAGUUAAAGGUCUGCUUUCUUUCACACGUACCUAACAAAAAAAGGAUCGACUUAUACAACGUGAAUUCUUUCCAGUUUUUUAUCGUAAGCAAUUCAAGAGUCAUCUUAUAAAUCCAUGACAUCUAAAUUGACAAGCCAUGAUAGUUUUGGAUUUUAACUCUUCCACUCCCAUGACUGACCAACAAGAGAUAAUUAUUAUUAUAAUAAUAAUUAUUAAAUAUUCCUGACAGUAUGAAUACAAUAUCAAGCAGACAAGUGAUGAGAAUAAAGAAAAAUAUCGAUCAAGGGUUAAUCAGCUGAUCCAAGACUAAAUUUUCCAACUCAAACCAUAAGAAUUGUGUAACAACCAGCGAGGAGAAUUACUAACGAGAUCUUGGGAGUGUAAGGAUUAAGAGUGUUGUUCACUAUUCUAAAUUUGUAUGAUUUUAGGCCACGUACUAUGGAGAACAAGGUGGCAAAGGAAAAUGCACCCUUAACCCGUUGUCUCCGAACAUUUUGAAUGCCAUUAGGAAGAAAAAUUGGAUUAUUGUUGCAGCUGCGCCUGGAACCUACCAGGAGUCUGUUGGGUGUGGUAUGUGUGUUCAAAUCACUGGCACGGGAGAAGGGAGUGGGGCUAACCCCAUUACAGGAAACCGAAGAGCAAUGAUUGUUGAUAUAUGCCCCGGUGGAUGUGGAAACAGUACGUAUCAGUGUCUUUGUAUUUGAUUGUGUGAUGAAUGGUCCUCAUUUUAGGAUUCUGUAAAUUCACGGAAUGUUUAGCUACGUGUUUCUUUUCUAGAACUUUUCGAUGCGAGCAAAAAAAUUCAUCCUCAAACUGUUCAUUAAGGUGUCUUGUAUCGAAUUAUAACAGGAAAUUUGAUUGAAAAGGUAAGAAGAACAAUUUAUAUAUUCUUUUAAAUCUACAGAUGGGUUAGAUUUCGCCGUUUCUGGCGAUGGAAGGUGGAAAAUUCACUAUCAGGCUAUUAACUGCCCGACCCUUCGAGGGAUCGAUGGUAAAAUUCAGUUUCGUUUCCAAGGAAGCAACCCUUAUUACAUCAAGCUACAAGCAAGGAAUACCAAGUGAGAUUUAUGCUAAAUGUUGCUUCAAAUUAGCGUGAUAAGACUCAUACGGACCAAAAACUAAAACUGCUCUGUUUUAAGUUGAGAUGGCUGCACUGGAUGAUAUAAAAACAAAAAUAAUAUAAAAAAAUGAUACGAUAUGAUAAGAAACGAAGGGAAACGACACGAGACGGAAUGGAACGAAACGCAAGAAACGAAACGACCCGACACGGCAAGACAAGACGCGAAACGGAACGGAAGAGAACGAAAGAAACAAGACGAAACGAAACGAAAUGAUGCAAAGAAAAUAUAAAUGAGUCAAAAUAUCCUUACUUACUUCUUAACAAAUAGAGUCAAGUUUUCAAUUUUUCUCAUCCUGUCGAUCGGUUUUUUCUUCUGUUUAAGAAUACCAACGGCUGGAAUGGAACUCCUGGUAAACGGGAGGUACCACUGUAUGAAACGUGUCUCCGACAACUUUUUCAUCGCUUCAGGACUUGGGAAAAUGGAAACUCCUCUGAGCGUACGUUUGACGGCCAUUAAUGGUUAUCAAGUGACAACGAGAAUUCCUGAGAUUAAGAAUGACUUCGACUUUCCGAGCAAGGUGCAGUUCAAGGGAAUCAAACGCGGACGUGAGUAGAUUUCUAGCAAAAAAUUGUUAAUCAAACUGAGAUAAUUUAAUUUUCAAAAGUACAAAACUGGGUAUCGUUUGGGCCAAAUUCGAUAUUGAGGGUUAAAUGAUCUCGGCCCAUCGAUUUGCGAGUGGUUGCCUACGAAAGUUAAAUGGUUACACCACAUACUUUCUUGCACCCCCAAAGGCUAGGUUUUAGAUGCCAAGUUAAUAAUAAGUAAAUAAUAAAUAAGAUCUUGGUGUGUGAAAAGGAAAACUAAAAGUCAUCCAAAAGACCACAUGCAGAACUUGCUAUGGGAUUAAGUAACUAACCGCGGACCAGUUUUGCUUAUCAUGGCACGCUCAGGGACCAAGCUGUUAAUUUUGCUUUUCCUCAUUUAUUUAUUUAAUUUAUCAAUCAAUCCAUCCAUUUGUUCAUUCAUUUACUUCUAAUUUAAAAUGAAUGAAUGGAAAGAGCUUAUUGGGGUUUGAUAUUACUAUAACUAUUAUUAUUAUCAUUAUUGUUUUUUAUAAUCAUAAUAAAAUUCUCUCAUUCCAAUUUUUUUUUUAUUCUUGUGCUUGAUCGGCUGUAGCUGGACCAGAUGGCAUAAAAUGUUUUGGUCAAGGAGAUAGACCCCCCUACCCAUCAGGAGGGAUGCAACGUUAG